AUGGGUUCCUAUAACUCCAACCUGGAUGAUAUCAUGGAGGAGGACAUGCACCACUGGUACGCCAAAUUCAUGAGGGAGUCUCCUUCAGGACUUAUAACACUCUUUGAGCUCAAGACUAUGCUUGACAUGAAUGGUAUGACAGAGGAGUCCAGCAGCUAUGUGGAGCAGGUCUUCAUCACCUUUGACAUGGAUGGGGAUGGCUAUAUAGACUUUGUGGAAUACAUCGCAGCAAUAAGUUUAUUACUGAAAGGAGAAAUUAACCAGAAACUAAAGUGGUACUUCAAGCUCUUUGAUCAAGAUGGAAAUGGGAAGAUUGACAAGGAUGAACUGGAGACCAUAUUUAAGGCAAUUCAAGAUAUCACCAGAAAUUACGAAGUUCCUCCAGAAGAAAUUGUAACUCUUAUAUAUGAGAAGAUUGAUGUCAACGGAGAAGGUGAGCUGACACUGGAGGAGUUCAUCAGUGGAGCCAAGGAUCAUCCCGACAUUAUGGAAAUGCUCACCAAGAUGAUGGACCUUACCACCGUCCUGGAAAUCAUUCUUAAAGGCCAACAGAAGAAAGAUGUGAAAUGA